AUGAAGACGUUUACGAGGCUAGUCUUGCUGGCUUUGAUCGGCGUUGCGGCAGCCAAAUCUCGCAGUCCUCGCAUCGCCGGUGGAAUGGACGCAAACGAUGGUCAGUUUCCGUUCCAAGUUGCACUCAUCAACGGUGGACUCGUGUACUGCGGCGGUUCCAUCGUAAAUCGGCGCUGGGUCCUGACGGCAGCGGCUUGCAUCUUCGGAAAAGCACCCGCUGACGUGGAUCUCUUCGUUGGUAGUGCUGAUCGCUUGACAGGAGGUCAAAACGUCACCGCCGAACGUUUUGUCCUGCAUCCGGACUUUGAUGAGCAAACGUACGCCAACGAUAUUGGGCUGGUGCGGAUGGCGGAGUCACUUUCGUUCACUAGCGAACAGCUACAACCGGUCACACUGGCGACUGACUUCUUUGAAACGGCCACCGAUGCGACCGUUUCCGGAUGGGGCCGUUUUUCGAUUGCAAACAAUCAGCUCCCAACCCGGUUGCAGUUCAUCCGCACGGACGUCAUCGGUACCGGUGAGUGUGCGGAUCAGUUCGAGGAACCGUACCGCGGCCGGAUCUCGGACCGAACAAUCUGUACCGACAACCAGCCCGAGCAGGGUGUCUGUCUAGGGGAUGCCGGUGGUCCACUCGUCCUGGACGAUGUCCUUGUUGGCGUUCAAUCCUGGAGCAUCCCAUGCGGUACUGGCCUGCCAGAUGUCUACGAACGUGUAUCGCACCAUCGGCCCUGGAUUCUGGCUCUAACGCUGCUGUAA